UGCCCAUCUGCGGCUUGUCGCUUGUGGAGUCUGCUUUCCAAGCCAAAGAAGACCUGUCAGCGGGGUGUCAAACGUUCGGCACCCGCGCGGACGGCGGGAGGGCGUCCAUCACCAUGACAGCGCCCGCCGGCGGCCCGGGAUCUUGGAGUGAAAAUAUACUGAAGUAUUUCCUGAGGAAUAACCAGAUUUCAACAGAAGAUGGCGCUGAGAUCAUCUGGUAUCACGCAGCUAAUCACAAGGCACAGAUGAACGAGGCGGUGAGAAGUACUGCUCACAUGAUAGAGGCCGAUGUCUUUCUUCCAAGUGAUGGAUCAGAGCAUGGCCAACCAAUCAUGGCCCAUCCUCCUGAAACAAGCAGUGAUAAUACUCUUCAGGAGUGGCUGACUGAGGUUAUGAAAACCAAUAAAGGCAUCAAGCUAGAUUUCAAGAG